AUGGAAUACCCCCACAAUGCUGUCCUCCUCCUCUGUUCCUCCCACAACAACGGUUGCCGCCCAUACAUGUGUGGCACCAGCUCCCGCUACUCCAACUGUCUCGACCAGUACAAAGCCCACCACCACCCUCCUCCGCCCCCAGCAACGGGUGGUGGUGGUGGUGGUGGUGGUGGUUUGCCACCACCACCGGUUGAGAAAAUCAAAGAAGGGACGGAGCUCGCCUGCCCGCUGUGUCGCGGGCAGGUGAAAGGGUGGACAGUGGUGGAGUCUGCUCGUGAGUAUCUUAAUUUAAAGAAAAGAAGUUGUAUGCAUGAUGAGUGUAGUUUUGUUGGGGUGUAUAAGGAGUUAAAGAAACACGUGAGAGAGGUGCACCCAUCGGCUAAGCCACGUGAAGUGGACCCUGACCAGGAGCAGAAAUGGCGGCGGCUCGAGCAGGAACGUGAGCGCGAGGAUGUGAUUAGCACCGUCACCUCUUCAAUGCCUGGUUCCGUGGUAUUCGGUGAUUACGUCAUUGAACGGAAUCCAUACGGUUUGGAUUCCGAUGAUGAUGAUGGUUUAGGGAAUGUCGGAAUCAAUAAUAAUUUCAUGAAUAUGCUUCUUUUGUUUCAUGCAUUUGGUCAUGGUGGAGACACAAGAGUACUUGAUAAUGAUGAUGAUGAUGAUGAAGAUGAUGAUGAUGAUGGUGGUGGUGGUGAUGGGAUGUCGUUGGUGAGCCGCCUGAGGCAGCAAGGUAGGGUUAUUUUGGGAAGAUCAGGGAGGAGGAGGAGGAGGAGGAGAUUGGGUGGUGAAAGAUAG